AUGUCGAAGUUGGAUGGCGUAGUGGUGGUCUAUGCGGUGACGGUGGAGGUGGAAGGGGAGGGGGUGAGCAGUGAGCAGUUGGACUACCUGACCCUGCAGUCCAACCUGGUGGAGAACUCCUACAGAGAGCUGAAGGAGAGGCCCACAGUGGUCUACAACAUCACUGACUUCAGGAACAACAUCACGGAGGCCCUGCAAAAUGACAGCAUCAUCAGAGACACAACCCUGGCCCUGGACCCUGACUUACUGCAUCUAGAGAGUGUGUCUAGUGUUCCUGAGUCCAUCGAGUCCACGGCUGGAAUUACCAAGGAUGACUGCUUGGAGGAAAUCUUGGCUACUGAGAUGACCCCAGAUGCCUCUGAGGUUAAAGCUGAGGAUGUGGCGACAGGGGAGAAUGAUGUCAUCGUUCUGGAGGAGAGCGUGACCCUCCCCCCUGAGCCAGAGGUGACCAUCGAUGACAAGGGGAUGGAGGAGGAGGGUCUGCUGUUGGGGAACACUGUGGCUAUAGAGAGCCCUCCCCUGGAGCUCCUCCCUGCAGACCCUAUCUCCCCCGAGCAGCCAAAGGGCACUAUGCUCCCCAAGCCUCCUCUGGAGAUAGAGGCCUCUGGGUCAGGUGUUGACAGACUUGAGGACCUGCCCUUCCAGCCCGAGGAAGAAGAAGAGCCAGCCUCAGCUGCAGAAGAGGAACAUACCAUAGAAGAAGAGGUAGUUUUGGAAGAGGUGAUCAUAGAGGAAGAGAUCUUAACAGAGGAAGCACUGGAGGUCCCUGAGGAAGAAGAGGUAGAGGAGGAAGCAGUGGAGGUCCCUGAGGAAGAGGAGGUAAAGGAGGAAGCAGUGGAGGUCCCUGAGGAAGAGGAGGUAAAGGAGGAAGCAGUGGAGGUCCCUGAGGAAGAGGAGGUAAAGGAGGAAGCAGUGGAGGUCCCUGAGGAAGAGGAGGUAGAGGAGGAAGUAGUGGAGGUCCCUGAGGAAGAGGAGGUAAAGGAGGAAGCAGUGGAGGUCCCUGAGGAAGAGGAGGUAAAGGAGGAAGCAGUGGAGGUCCCUGAGGAAGAGGAGGUAGAGGAGGAAGCAGUGGAGGUCCCUGAGGAAGAGGAGGUAGAGGAGGAAGCAGUGGAGGUCCCUGAGGAAGAGGAGGUAAAGGAGGAAGCAGUGGAGGUCCCUGAGGAAGAGGAGGAAGCAGUGGAGGUCCCUGAGGAAGAGGUGGUAGAAGAGGAAGCAGUGGAGGUCCCUGAGGAAGAGGUGGUAGAGGAGGAAGUAGUGGAGGUCCCUGAGGAAGAGGAGGAAUCAGUGGAGGUCCCUGAGGAAGAGGAGGUAGAAGAGGAAGCAGUGGAGGUCCCUGAGGAAGAGGUGGUAGAGGAGGAAGUAGUGGAGGUCCCUGAGGUAGAGGAGGAAGCAGUGGAGGUCCCUGAGGAAGAGGAGGAAGCAGUGGAGGUCUCUGAGGAAGAGGUGGUAGAGGAGGAAGCAGUGGAGGUCCCUGAGGAAGAGGAGGUAGAGGAGGAAGUAGUGGAGGUCUCUGAUACUGCAGAGGUUCUAGAAGAAGAAGCUGAACCCUCAGAAAACCUUGAGUACUACAUCCUAGAGACAGAGACCAUAGAAGAGUUGGAGGAAGUGAAACCUGCCUUUGUCCCUGUGGAAACGAUGGAAGAUCCCGAGCCAGCUGAGAGCCUUAAUGUCCCCGAGAAUGCCAUGGAGACUGUACCCCCAGAUGAGCCUGAAGAAGAGGCUAACGAGGUGUUGGGUCAUCCAGAAAUAUCAGGAUAUGGAGAGGAAGUUAAGAGCUUAGAGGACGGACCAAUCAUCGAGGAGUCAGUAACUGGAGAGGAUGCCUUGGAGGUGGAGGAAGAGGUGGCAAAAGAAGAAGUGGUGAUGGAACUUCUGGACAUGACUGAGACCUCGGUGGAGGACCUGGUAGAAGAUGAGAUUAUGUUGGUUGACGAGGCUGUUCCAGAGGUCGCUUACCCUACCACUCUUUCUGCAGUGAAGGAGUCGCCCUUCAACCAAGUCUCUGAUGCCAUAGUAGAAGAAGAGGAAAUAGAGGCCACGAGCCUAGACACAGCCCCAGAACCGGAGGCAGAAGCAAAGGACCAGGGGGUCACCCCAGCUCUCACACCUGCCAAGUAUUACCCUGGCCCAGACAUUUCCAUCACUCUGGAGCUGCAGACGAUCGACCCUGUGACAGACUAUGACCUGGUCCCCUUCGGUGGCACCAACCAAACAGAGGAGGGAAGCAGCGGGUACCCCUCUGGAGGGGUACAUGGUGUGGACCACAGCGUUGCCAUGCCAAUCAACCCUGGGCGGGCGCUGAUGGUGUUCUUCAGUCUGAGGGUAACCAACAUGAAGUUCUCAGAUGACCUCUUCAAUAAGAGCUCCCCGGAAUACAAGGCCCUGGAACAAAGGUUCAUAGAGCUGCUGCUCCCCUACCUCCAGUCCAACCUUAGUAACUUCCAGAACCUGGAGAUCCUGAACUUCCGGAACGGGAGUAUUGUGGUCAACAGCCGGAUGAAGUUCGGGAAGCCGGUGCCACGCGGCGUCAACAAUGUAGUCUACCUGAUCCUGGAAGACUUCGCUAACACAGCCUACAAGACCAUGAACCUGGCCAUCGACAAGUACUCACUGGACGUAGAGUCAGGUGACCAGGCGAACCAGUGUAAGUUCCAGGCGUGUAAUGAGUUUGCACAGUGUUCUGUGAACCGCUGGUCUGGCGAGGCGGAGUGUGUGUGUAACGCUGGGUACUUCAGUGUGGACGGACUGCCCUGUCAGAGCAUCUGUGACCUACAGACAGACUUCUGUAUGAAUGACGGGAAGUGUGACAUCAUACCUGGACAGGGGGCCAUCUGCAGAUGUCGUGUAGGGGAGAACUGGUGGUACCGUGGAGAACACUGUGAGGAGUAUGUGUCAGAACCUCUGGUGGUCGGCAUAGCGAUUGCCUCCGUAGCCGGUUUCCUAUUGGUGGCUUCCGGUGUGAUCUUCUUCCUGGCAAGGACACUACGGGAUCAGUACGAUAAGGAUGAGACAGAAGACCCCUUACGGCGAAGGGAGAGUAUCCCGUCUCUAGAGAGGGCCACUAAGUACAACCCCAUGUAUGAGAGUGAGGCUACGACGGGCUAUAGCCACUACUACCGCCGCUACCCAGAAGCCCCGGUCUACAGCAGCGCCAGCGCCGAGGCCUCCACAGACUUCAGCAGCGAGGAAAUACGCCACAUCUACGAGAACAGCGAACUGACCAAGGAGGAAAUCCAGGACAGGAUACGCAUCAUCGAGCUCUACGCGAAGGACCGGCAGUUUGCAGACUUUGUGCGGCAGCAUCAAACUGCCCUGGAUACACGCAGAGAGAGUGCUCUUGAUACACGCAGAGAGAGUGCUCUUGAUACACACAGAGAGAGCGUGUCCACGUAGACCUGUACAGGACUCUCAGCUGUAUGCUGUGAAAAACGGGGUGCCCUAUUCUCUUGUUCCACCCUUCUUCCUCUUUUCUCAGUGUCUUCUCUCGAUUGGGUGAGCUCUGCUGGAAUGGGUGUGGUGGCUGGGGGCAGAUCCGCUGCUCAUUGGAUGUCUUCCUUUUGGGGGAAGACCCGCCUCCCUCCAUUUGGAAUCAUAUUUGUUACCUGAAAUUAUGACAUACGAAAUGCAAUGCUGUCUAGGAUACCUGUUCUUCAGGUAGCAGAUAAGACAUGAUAAAGAGUCUUUCCUCUUGCAUUUAACGUCAUAUCUCAGCUCGUAGUGGUUGAGGAAAGUGUGAAUGUUGGAUGUGUACUUUAACGUGUCAUUGUCACUCUAUCUGCUGUUGUACAUAUUAUGUAUGAACUAGAGCCAGUUCUCAAAGGAAUGGUUUAUAUCAGGGGUGCAUAGCUCAGGCCUUCAGGUAACUCAGGUCCUCUGCAGGGACUAAAACCAGCCGACAUUGUUGCCCUCUGGACCAGAGGUGUGUGCCCUUGUUCUAUACCCAGCUGUAGGUUGUGGGAGAUUGAGAGCAGCUGACUGGCCAGUGUCUGUGCUGUCAUUGGUGCUAUGGGGCCUGUCUCUGUUGUCUGGGUUUCUGGCCAGUAGUAAGCCUCGGUAGUGUUCUCCUGAAGUUGGGCAGAAACUUGCUGGAUGCACUUUGUUGGCAAAUCUCAAGUCUCAGCCCUGUAUGGCACUGGUGAGAAGUAAUGCACUUUCUUUCAGGAAAAGUGGAAAAUGUGGGGUACAUCUUCCAUUUGAAUUCUGCUGCAAUAAAUUCCCUUCUUUCUCUCCCUUUCUCUCUCACUCUACAUCAGGAAUCAGUUUGUUUUCGGUAGAAAUAAAAUGUUAUGAGAGGGAGGGAGAUGGCGAGCGCGAUUAGAGAGAGACAGGGAGAGAGAGACCGGGAGAGAGAGGGGAGAGAUCGAGAGUAAAGAGAGGGGAGAGGAGAGAGAGAGAGGGGAAGA